AUGGCGUGGUUUGAGACGUUUGGGAGCCGGUGGUUUUUCGACACGGUGGAGCGUGAGCGCUACGUGGACACGUCCAUGUUGUGCGACCUCCUCCUGCAGCAGCGGCGCCUCGAUCUCAUCGAGUGUUUUCUCCAAGAACACUGCGUCUACUUCCAGGACUGCGCGCGGGACUACGCGUCGUUUAUCCACUCGGUGCUGACGAUCUAUGGCUGGGAACCGCUGGCCAGCACGCUCGAUGUGCUGCUCACCAAGUGGCCGCUCGUGGGGGCCAUGCGCCUCGUGGCCAGUCUUGCCGGCGUCGCACUCGACCCCGUCUGCCCGCCGUUGCAGCGUCCGUUUGCAAAGGAGUUGAUCAAGACGUGUUUCUGCCGCCUCGUCGUCGUGACGUCGACCGCCGUCGGCGCAGACUUUGCGCUGUGGCGCAACGGUAUCGCGGGUCUGCAGCAACUCGUUGCCGACGUGCUCCUGCUCCAAACGUACUUGAUGACGCUUAGUGAGAGCGCGCAGCACGGCAGCUACCUCGACGCGUACCUUCCUGCACCGCUCGUGCACCUCGUCGACUCGUUCCUCGUGCCGCUGAGUUUUGUCGAUGCCGUCAUCUUGAAACAGCGGUCCAUUUUUGACCCGGUCGCCGUCGUGGGCCCCGCCGUGCUCACGCUGCGCGAGCACGUGCCUCCGGCGACGCUCGCACCGCUUGUGGCGCCGCUGCUGGCGACUGCGCAAGAGCUCCCAAACGACAUGACCCUGCAUGGACUCAUUGCGUACCUCUGCCUUGCGCCGGACCUCGGUAUGGACUUGGUCGCAACGAUGGCGACGCGGUAUCCGCUUUUGUUUGUGCCGGCGAUGCGCGCUGUCGCCAAGGACCAUUGUGACGCGCUGGACGUCAUGGCGAUCGGAGCGAUGGUCCUCGAGCUUUCGGCACGUCUCUUUGAGGACGAGGCAACCACCAGCCAACUUGUUGUACAUUACGAGCAGUCGAUGGCGUGGCCCACCACCGCGACGGUCGUCGAGUUUUGCAUCUUAGGUCUGCUCACGGACGCGACCACCUUCUUGGAUGCCUACGCGCCGUCGCAGCUCCAAGCCUUUGCGAUCGCGUGGACCGACGCGCUGCGUGGCAGCGCCCAGCGCAUUGACUUCUUUACACACUGCGUAUUUUGUCUGCUCUACACGCUCCACGACGUGUGCGCCCGGCACAAGGACGUCGGCGUCUUUCUGGCGUCAACGUGCCGGACCGAGCUCGGCGCGAUCGCGACACAAGUCGCGGCCACUUUGCCGCCGUUGCCGUCGGUUGCGAUGGCCAUCGACGACGGGCUCGCCAACGACUGCGCGAGCUGUGCGGACUUUGCGACCUUUCUUCAAAACGCUGCGGUGCGCGAGUACAUUGGGAAAACGUAUGCGACGACCGGUACGCCGGCGCUCUGCGCACACGUGCGGGCCAUCGCGGUGCCGGCGCAAUGCUUGAGAAUGGAGGACCGCCAGUCGUUUCUUGGCUCCGUGUACAUCCGCAAGGAGCCGCGAGGCGUCGACGUUGCAGCAUGGGAUGCAUUGGCGAAGGAGCACAUGAUGCUUGCGGGUCUGCCUUCCCGCAUGCGGUAUAUGGACGAGUGGAUCGCAGCAUGGACCUCCGAGGAAGCUACAGCGUCGGGCGCCUCGUCGUAA